UAUCGUUCGGUCACGUCUUUAUCGGAUCGACUCUGUACAAUUUUGGGAACAAUCACCAAGAACUUGGAAUUUACGCAAAACCCAAACCCAUCUGACUUCCUCCCUCCCUCUUCCCGACCUGCCCCCCCCCCGCAUCCGGGCACACCUCUCACGGGCAAAAUGCUUCCCACCCCCUGCACCGCGCACGUCCCCUUCGACACGAUCUACGAACCCGCCGAAGACAGCUACCUCUUCCUGGACACGCUCUCCUCGGCCAGCGAAACCACCUGGCUGACCCAGCAAUUCGCGGCCCCCUCCCCCUCCCCCACCAUCCUAGAAGUCGGCUCCGGCUCCGGCGUCGUUCUCGCCUUCCUAGUGGCCAACAGCCCGACGAUCCUCGGCCGCGCCGACGUGCUCUCGCUGGCCACGGACCUCAACCGCACCGCCUGCCUGGCGACCCGCGAGACCGUCGCGAAGGCCAUUGCGGCGCAGCAGCAGACAACCACAACCACGCGCCCAUCCACCAACCCAGACGCUGCGCCCGCCUCCCACUCCCCAUCCACCCACGCAAACCCCUCCAUAAAAUCAACGCACCUCGCCUCCGUCCAAAGCAACCUCGCCGCCUCGUUCAAGCCCGGCAGCAUCGACAUCCUCCUCUUCAACCCGCCCUACGUCCCCACCGAAGCCGUGCCGCGCGCCCCGACGGCGGCGGAUUUCGAGACCGGGGAUGCCGCCGCCACGCGCAGCGAGCAGUUCGAGCGCGAGUCCUACCUCCUCUCCCUGACGUAUGCCGGUGGCAAGGACGGGAUGGAGAUCACGGACCGGCUGCUGGCCGAUCUGCCCAGGGUGCUGAGCCCCAGGGGGGUGGGGUAUGUGUUGCUCUGCGCGCAGAAUCGGCCGCGCGAGGUGGUGGAGCGGAUUCGGGGGUGGACGGAGGGGCUGGACGAGGAGGGCGAGGGGUCGAGGAGGAGGAGGAGGGGGAGGUGGUGCGCGGAGAUGGCUGGGUUUAGUGGGACGAAGGCGGGGUGGGAAAAGUUGGUGAUUGUAAGGGUUUGGCGGGAGGAUUUGUAGACUUUCGAGGGGGUUCUGUGUUGGUGUGGGUGGUGGAUAUACAUGGCAGUGGGUUUGGGGUUGGGGUUGUAGAGAUAGAUAAUGAUUCAUGAUUUUCCGGAGUAAAUGUCAUGGUGAUUUGAUAGACUUUUCUGCUUUUGCUGGUCAAACGUAACCUUAGAACUUGUACCGAUCUCUCCAACUACGGAACUGAUCAAGAAACUGACACGCAAGAAAUGAGAUAGAAUCGAAAAACGAACUCCAUA